AUGUCAGAUUUCAGCGAUGAGAUUGACACGGAAAUUGCCGCUGCCUCCUGGGAGCAAUCGCCGGACGCAUCUUCUUCAGCACCGACCAGCAACUCAGCAGACCGACAGCCCACGGAGAUCCAGACCCGAAUCCCCACCCGCCUUGUCUCCUGGUAUGCCCUUUGCCGCCUAGGGUAUAGGUUUCUUCAAGACGGAGACACCUUUGUCAUAUACGGGAUUCUAGGACCGAUUGAUUUAGAGGAGCUCUUUAGAUAUAGUGAGCGUUACCAGAAGGCCGACGAACGGGAUCAAGGGUCGCGUCCGCCAAUUCAACUCCCCAACGAAAGAAUUCCGCUAGGACUCGAAGAUGACAAGCCGGCUUACUCUGCCCGUAUUGCACCGGGCUCAACAACGCCUAUCAGCUCUCAUACCCACCCCGUCACGCCCAACGAAACAAAGGAUUCAAUAAUGAGGCCGUGGGUGAAUCAACUUCUGGUGUCAGACACAGUCCACUUGGGUGACGUCAAAGAACAACCGCGUGGCUCUCGAGGAGGACAAAGAUCCUCAGAUACAUAUAAUGCCUGGGUUAAAACAACGUCUCUUCUUCAAGAUGGAGAGGUUUCUACGAAGUUAACCACGAUCUGUAGUGCGCAUUGCUAUCAUGAGCACACAAGAUCGCACAAAACUGUUUUAAGGUGUACCCCAGAACAGAAGGAUGGAGUUGGUAUAGGAAGGAUGAGGUGGCUCCACUUACAUGGCACCAAAUCAGACUUAAGAACCUUAGAAGGCCUUGUUGCUGACUCCCCAUUCAUAUGCCUUCAACUCAAAUGUGUUGCAUUAAGUGUCGUUCGCGAACUGAUGCAGAAACAUGCUGAAUUUGAAGGCAAGAGUCCACAACUCAACACAGGGACUGUUCUCAGAAAGGUAGGGCGUAGCAUGUGGGCCGCUGAACAGGGAGACCUCAACGGAACGCAAGAUACUGAGCCUGUAGUUUUUCUGUCAACCCCCUUUCUGGCACUACCAGGAAUGGCACUUGAAGAUUGCCCGGAGAAAAAGUACACCAGAACACUGCUUGAGUUUCUUUAUGGGUUUAAAACUGGCGGCAUUGAGGAAACAUCAUUCAGCAACUCAACCUCGGGAGGCCGGGUAUCCAAUCUUUCGCGCAUUCUAAAGAUGCCCGAGGCACUAUUCUUGAUGAUUGGCGGAGGGACUUUAAUUAGCUCCUCCGUGUUGUCAUGGGAACAGAUGAUGUCAGGUACUGUCAGUGUCGAUAUUAGUAGCGAAAUCCACAGUAUCUGGCCAGUCGUUUACAAAGUUCGAAUAACAAGCCCCGAAACUUAUAUCAUUAUCGAGGAGGACUGUUCUUGUUCGGAGUUUAGGCAACUUGUCUUCAAGUCGUCGGGUAACUAUGGCCUGGAUAUCGAUGAUUUCCAGCUUGUUGAUGAGAAUGAACACGUUGUUGAUUCUACCACCUGGCUAUGCUACUUGACAUCAGGCGAGGUUGAAAGACACUCUUUCAAAUUGGUAAGAAUCUCUGUCGCAACCUCAAGCGAGGUUCCUCGAGACCCGGGGUCGGAAGCUUUCAACGAUGAUGAGAACGAAAGCAUCGAAGGGACCUUUGACGAACACAGUUCCAAUGGAGAAACCUUUGAAAGAACUAUGGAAGCCGCGAAACAGAUGUUUUGCCAAAGUAUAGGUAAAGGGACGCUUGUUCGAAACAUGCCGCCAGUACUUCCGACACUACCCUCGAUGCCUUUCAGCAAUACGGCCAAGGAUCAAAUUCCAUUCUUCGCUUGGCCUUUGACCCAGAAUACUGGCAAUAGUUCCCACACAGAUGGUACGAUGGCUCUCACGAGGUUACUAGCCAUGAUCGAUCAAUCUCUCAAAGAGCUCGGUAUUACUAAAGACUUACAUACUUUUAGCACGAGAGAUGAAGUGGUCUACAAAUGCCGGGUUCUCCAAUCAGUCAUAGAAGAAUGUGUAUACGUGCCGACACAGGAGGCUAAAGACCCCCUUCCGUGCGCACAACCUCCCAGCUCAAACCACAGGCAUAGAAAUCCAGAAUCUGAGAUUCUUGCCACUCUUCUGGCACUAUCGGAGGACAUUUUUGAUCUUUUUCUUCCACCAGCCGAUUGGUUCCUUGUCCCAGCUGUAGGUGCUUAUUGGGGCGCCUUGGAUUCCAUCAUGCGUCAGAUAUAUAUUUCAUCACUACGAAUGAAUACAUUUCAUCAGCAAUGUUCCUUCACGAUUUCAAAGGAAAUUCCAACUUCGGGCUCUGGAUUCACGUGCCUAUACACGAAGGCUUUACCGCCUCAUGGCUGUGAAGAUUGUAACAAAGAUACAGUAUAUUCUUCUCUAUAUGGCGCCUUGUCCCACCUGCACAGACAUCACAUCCAUUGCAACCCUGGAGAUCGAACCAUACUCAAUGACCCGUGCGUGGGAUGGGUCAAGUGGCAACCUUUCAGUUUCGAACCAAAGGACAACGUCGUGUCUGUUGCAUCCAGACUCGUUGAGACCUUGACUGAUGUUAGAGAAAGAACAAAGGGAAUUAGCCUGUCCGUCAGCGGCAAAGAAAAACGCGUCCCCGGGAGCCUCGUAUCUUGCUAUGAAACUCUCACCACCUUAUUAUACAAGACUGCAAAAGAGCUCUCAGCGAUUAACUCUGAGCGUUUACAGACUAUCAAGCGAUCUCAUGGGUACCGGCUAUGGCAGGGAGCGGCUUCACAUGCUCAGACUCACAACCUUGAAUCGAAGUUGAAGUGCCAGCUUGAGGACGCCAGAAGAGACGUAAUGAUGGCUAGCGAGACCCAGAUCGAUACAGAUCGCCUUACCAUCUCACCGAUAGGCCUUGAGUUUCUACUUAUAACGCUACUGCGGAACCUUCAUGACCAUCCCAUCCAUCCAGAGACAGAUCAGAAGCUGGACGUAGUUAGGCAUUGCCGCGAUAAGUCUACGGCGCUUCGGUUUGCUGCGGUUCGUGACCCAAGACGCCGCAGAUUUCUUGAAAUAUCUGCUCUGGAAGAGGAAAUGGAGGCCUUGCGGAUCAUUUUCGAAGUUCAAACACGUACGGUCAAGGCCUUUGCUCAGGUUCUGAGCCCCGACUUCUUCCCAAAAGACACCACAGAUCGGGAAGAUCUGGGAUACCGCAAGGAUAUGUAUGGUCUGGAAAAAAGGCACUUAGACACUCACAUACAAAGUCUUGCUGAAGAUGGAAAGACACUCGAAAUAUUACAGAGGAUCUUGACCGCCACAAGACACGACAUGAAACAGAUGAUUGAGGUACUCGACGAGGGUCACGGAAAGGCUAUCAGAGUGUUUACCUUCGUCACAUUGUUUUUUCUUCCACUCUCUUUUGUGACAAGUUUCUUUGGAAUGAACACUACAGAUGUCCGUGAGCUAGACAGAGACCAGAGGAUAUUUUGGUCGUCUGCAGUCCCUUUGACUCUGGCAGUCUCCAGUCUUGCUCUGAUUUUUGGUUACAGGUGGGACACGGUCACCGCAUUGUUCUUCAAGGCAUUCAAGAUUCAAGAUUCAUCAAGAGUCUAUGAAGAGCUGGAAAAGGACCUAACUUCUCAGCUGGGUACAGAAAAUGCUGGAACUAGUUGUAAAACCGAUCUCUCCGCCGCAUCAAAACUUCGAACAUCAUCAGGGUUUCGCAUUGAGAGGAGAUGGAAAAGGAAACCAUGGAAGAAAAGGAUACCGGAGCCAUUUAAGGGACACGAAGUAGUUUAG